CAUCAAGUAUUACUAUAGGAAUUUUAUUUUAAAAUUACAAAUUAUAAUUUAUCUACGAAAAAAAUUUGACUUAUCUAGUUUAUAAGUUGGUGACCCUUUCGUACAUAUUAAUUAGUUGGUAAUGCUUAAUCUCGUUCAAAUCCAAAAAUGGCAGCAGCCAUUGAGGAUUUUUCGAAUUGGUUAAGAGAAAAAUUAAAGGAAUUAAAUACAGAUGAAACAGUUUUUGGAUCUUAUAUACAAGGAAUACUCGAUAGCGAUGAUACUGCGGAAGAAAAAAGUGACGCUGUACGAGGAAUACUUACAGAAAUAUUAGAAAACGAAAAAGAUAUAAUGAAAACCUGCACUGAAAUAUUGGACCAGUGGCAAAAUCUUAAACCAAAAGAAGUAUGUACCAAACAGUUGUCUAGUGAGGACGUAAAUAUGAAACUUGCUAAACUAUUGGAAUCUCAAUCUCUAGCUACCACCAAACAGAAACAAUAUACAGCUGAAGAGAAGAAAAUUAGAGAAGCCAUUCUUUCCCAGUAUAGCGAAAUGACUGACGAAGAGGGAGAUGUUGAGGAACAUACAGCAGGUUUUAAUGAUGGGGCAUUGGAGAAAAAUACGAAUGCUCAAACUGUAGCUCAAGCUGAAAAACUCAAAAGAGAACAAGCUCGAUUGGAUAGUCAGAAAAAAAAGGAGAAAGAUAAAGAAGACAGAGAAAAGCAAAAGCAACUGAAAGAAGAAAAGAAAGAAAAGCGUAAAACUGUUAAGGGUGAAAGGAAAAGGUAGCAGAUGUCAGUCUGAAAAUAUUAAAACAUAUUUUUUUGUGUAUUUUUUGAUAUAUUGUGAUUUUUGAAGAGUGCGUGGUUAAUUUUUUGCUGAUUUAAAUGAUAUUGAAACUGAAAAAAGUUUUUUUAUUACAUAAAUUUUGUUUUUCCUUAGACAUUCGUGACUUCCCUUGAAAAUUCAUCAUUUUGUCUGAAAUUUACUAUUUUCUUUAUAACUUCCACAUUUUCCUUAUAAAUCCCACAUUUUCCCUUAUAAAUUCGUCAUUUGCCUUGAAAAUUUGACAUUCUUUUUAAAAAUUCAUCAUUUGUGUAUGAAAUUCAUCAUGUUCCUUAGAAAUUCGCCAUUUUCCUUGGAAAUCAUAAUUUUUUGGAAAUUUCAUAUUUGCUUUUCUGAAAGUUAUACAUCAUUUUCCUUAGAAAUUCAUCGUUUUCCUUAAAGAUAAAUAAUUUUACUUACAAAUUUGUCAUUUUUCUUAGACAUUCGUCAUUUUUUUAAUGAAAUUUAUCAUUUUCUUUGAACAUUCUACGUUUAUCUUUAUAAGUUGAUCAUUUUUUAUAGAAAUUCGUCAUUUGCAUGGAAAUUCGUCAUGCUACUUAGAAAUUUAUCAUUUUUCUUCAAAAUUCAUCAUUUACUGUUAGAAUUUCAUCAUUUUCCUUAUAAAAUUGUCAUUUUUGUUAGAAUUUCUUCGAAAUUUAUAAUUUUUCUUUAGAAUUUCAUCAUUUUUCUUCUAAAUUUACCUUUUUUCUUCGAAAAUUGUCAUUUUUACUUAGAAUUUCAGCAUUUUUCUUCAAAAUUCAUCACUUUUUAUUAGAAUUUCAUGAUUUUCCUUAUUAAUUCGUCAUUUUUGUUAGAAUUUCAUAAUUUUCUUCGAAAUUCAUCAUUUUUGCUUGAUGUUUUAUCAUUUUCCUUCUUAAUUUUUCAUUUUUUGUUAAAAUUUCAUCAUUUUUGCAUAGAAAUUCUACGUUUUUCUUUAUAAAUUUGUCAUUUUCUGUUUUUGAAUUUGUGAAAAUAUAUUUUUUUAAAUAAAAGCAAA